AUGGGAGAGAUGCUCCUUCGAGGCGUGACUAUGCUCGAUGCGUAUUGUCAAGUUUGCAACGGCAUACUAAUGGAGGAUAGAAAUGGAGUACGUACUUGCGUUACUUGCGAACUUUUUGCAGAAAGUACCAAGGAAGGAUCACGUUUGAUUGCUGAGGUGCCAUUAGAUGUCACUGCUGAUGGAGUUGCUCCUGGAAAUAGCUUGUUAGUGUCUGAAGAAGCACCAGGGUCACAUCGGAAUGCGACCCGGAUAAUGGACAUAGAGCGAAGAUGGGCUGAUGAGUAUCGUCAA